AUAGUUUGCAUUUAUGGCUAAUCUUAGACUCCGCCUGCGGGCUUCUUAUGGCAGUUAUACAGCUUUACCAACAGGCUGUACAUAACUACAGAGUUUAUAUACAACGUUAAUUUUCUUGCACCUUGAACACCGGAGAUGGUCGGAACCCUGCCCAGCCAGUGUGGUUUCUACACGGACCUAUUUCUCAAAGCCCACCUCCACCUCCUGUUUUGAAACAACGUGGAUUGAGUUCGCUGGUGUGGAGCUGCUGUGUUAUGUGUGACCAGACUCCUGCUGACUGUCAACAAUGCAGAUAUCCAGUGUGAACGAUGUGAAGAUUUAUAAUUUAAGCCACGGAAAGUCUCUUCCGGAGUGGCUCUCUGAUCGGAAGAAAAGACAGCUACAAAAGAAAGAUGUUGACAUCCAGCGCAGGAUUGAGCUCAUCCAGGACUUUGAGAUGCCCACAGUGUGCACCUCUAUCAAAGUGUCCAGGGAUGGUCAGUUCAUCCUGGCAGCAGGAACUUACAAACCCAGGAUUCGCUGUUACGACACCUAUCAGCUGUCCCUGAAGUUUGAGCGCUGUCUGGAUUCUGAUGUUGUUGCCUUUGAUGUCCUGUCUGAUGACUACUCUAAGUUGGUGUUUCUGCACGCCGACCGCUACGUAGAGUUCCACUCCCAACAUGGUCACUACUACAAGACACGUGUUCCAAAGUUUGGACGGGACUUUUCUUACCACUAUCCCUCCUGCGACCUUUAUUUUGUAGGGGCAAGUUCAGAGGUGUACAGACUGAACCUGGAACAAGGGCGCUUCCUUAACUCACUUCAGACCGAUGCAGUGGAGAACAAUGUGUGUGACAUCAACCCCGUCCAUCAUUUAUUUGCCACAGGAACCUCUGAGGGGAGGGUCGAAUGCUGGGACCCUCGUGUCCGGAACCGAGUGGGCCUGUUAGACUGCGCCCUGAGCAGCCUCAGUGAAGGAACAGAGGUCCAAGGUUUGCCUUCCAUCAGUGCGCUCAAGUUUAACGGCUCCCUGAACGUGGCUGUCGGCACCAGCACAGGACAGGUGCUGCUGUAUGACCUGCGUUCCAGCCAACCACUGCUUGUUAAAGACCACUUCUACAACCUGCCAAUCAACUCUCUCAACUUCCACGAUCAGCUGGACCUGGUUGUGUCCUCUGAUUCCAAGAUCAUAAAAAUCUGGAGUAAAGACACUGGCAAGCUCUUCUCCUCCAUACAGCCUCAGGUCAACAUCAAUGAUGUUUGCAUGUACCCUAAUUCAGGUAUGCUCUUCACUGCCAACGAAGAUCCCAAGAUGAAUACAUUCUACAUCCCAGCUCUGGGCCCUGCGCCGCGGUGGUGCUCCUUCCUUGACAAUCUAACAGAGGAGCUGGAGGAGAGCCCAGAGAGCACAGUGUAUGAUGACUACAAGUUUGUCACCCGGAAGGACCUGGAUAAUCUGGGUUUGUCUCACCUGGUGGGAUCAUCUCUCCUUAAAGCCUACAUGCAUGGCUUUUUCAUGGACAUUAGACUUUAUCACAAGGUCAAAAGCAUGGCAAAUCCUUUUGCAUACGAAGAGUAUCGCAAGGACAAGAUCCGCCAGAAGAUUGAAGAGUCCAGAACCCAGAGAGUGCAGGUGAAGAAGCUGCCUAAGGUGAAUAAGGAGCUGGCUCUCAAGCUGAUGGAAGAGGGUGACGAUGAAGCAGAGCUGACUUCUAGGACAAAGAAGGGCAAGGCUCUCCCCAGCAUCCUGGGAGACGACCGUUUCAAGGUGAUGUUUGAAAACCCAGACUACCAGGUAGACGAGCAGAGCGAUGAGUUCCGCCUGCUCAACCCCAUCGUCUCCAAGGUGGGACAAAAACGGAAAAAGAAGCUGCGCCUACUGGCUCAGCAGGAUGCCACUUCCCAACAGGUGGCUGACGAUGAGGAGGAACCAGAGGGACGAGCCAGUUCUGAGGAGGAGAGCUCGGACGACGACAAGAGCUGGGUGGAGGAGGUGAGGGAGCAGCGGAGGUUGUUGCGACAGGAGGACAGAGACCGCCGACGGCAGGAGAGGAAGGAAGCAGACCGCAACACUGUCCUGCUGGAGAGAGAGCAGAAUGGAGGAGAGAAAACCUCAAACAUGGCUACGAGCAAGAAGACGAGCCAGCCUCAGUUUUAUCAGAUCAAAGCCGGGGAGGAGUUCCGAAGUUUUAAUGACAUGGCCCGCAAGCAGAAGCUGCAGAAGGCUUCUCUGGAGGACCGCCUGAAGAUGGAGGAGUACUCUGGAGUCAGCAACGUGGCCGACACUGCAGUGGGCAGCAAACAGCUGACAUUCACUCUCAAAAAGUCGGAGCAGCAGAGGAAGCAGCAGCAGGCAGAGCGGGAUCACCACGAGGAGAGGAAGAAGCUGAGGCGCUCGGCCGGACACCUGAGCAGCCGCCGUGGGAGAGGCUGGGGCGGCAGAGGAAGAGGCCGACACCAAGGAGUCUUCGCUCUGUAGUCAAAGUCAAGUAGUUUAUGGCAGUUAUCUUCAUCUACAGAAGAUUAUUUUAAUGAAUUGAAGCUCUAAGCAGUGGUGAAAAGGUUGGAGACGUACUGCACAACGGCAGAAGGCAAAGACUGACAUUGCUGAACAGAUAAGCCUGUCCUGCUCCUGGGGGUCUGGAUCAUGGGUUCACCUGCUCUCUGCAAAUUAAUGACAUUAAAAAAAUACCUGUGUGACUGCCCGUAUGAAUAUAACGCAAGGUCAUUAUCCAUAAGUACUGCGACUGCAUACAUUUUAGCAGGGGUGGCCCCAGGAGGAAUUAGACACGGAGAGCUGAAAGGACUUGACCUGCUUUGUCUCUGGUGUCGAGUUUCUCAAAACCGCUGCUCUCUGGAGUCUGUUUCAAUUAAUAAAAAGGAAUGUAUGUGGAACAGAAGUGUAGGAUUUUUUAUGCUGUUUGAUAUCAAUUUAUAUUUGGUACAACA